GAAAGUGAGAAGAAACUUGGAACGUCAAUGCCUUUAGAUCAAGCAAAGGAAAGAGCUAAUCAGUUGGAAUCAGAAGUGACAUUGCUGGAGAGACGCUUGAUUUUGGCAAGUGGAGUUGAAGGGAUGGAGGGAUUUCGACAAAGAUGGAGUCUACAUGGUUGCCUUACAGAUACCAAGAGGAGAUUGGAUGCCCUGAAGCAGGGAAUGGAGAACAGGAAAAAGGAAGAGCCAAUUGGAGAUUCAACCACCAAAAGGAGAUGGUUCUUUUGGUGAAAAUCCAGAUUCCUUCCAGAUGAAAGACUCCCUUUCAGCCUGUUUGAUCCUAAAGUAGUUGAAGAUGGAAAUUCAAAUCAGAUAAUAAGAAAAAGAAAGGACGAUUUCCAGCUCCAUUUCAUGAUUGGAAUAUGUCAAUGUAUGGAUGAUACAUGUUUUUAAGUAUAAAUGUGGAAUGGUUUUCAUAUAUCAAUUUUGCGAUUUUUUUU